AUGGAUGGGAGAGGAGGGUGUUGUAUAGCGAGGUACGGAGGAGAAUAUGAUAUGUCGCAGGUGGAUAGGAUAAUGUUGAGGUUCAGACCGAUUGCUCCGAAGCCGGUCAACGGCGGAGGGUUGGCUUCAGGUGGGUCAACGCCGGAAAACGGUGACGUUUACGUUAAGAGUGGGAGGGGGAGGGGGAGGGGGAAGAGAGUUCGGAGGUGUGUGAAGCAGGCGUGCAAUAAUAAUAAUAAUAAUAAUAUCAGUAAGAGAAGGAGAUCUUCGAAGGGUUUGGGUGAGGAAAAGACGGUUGUGACCCUGCCUCUGUUGCCGGAGACCCCUGAGCCAAAAGGCUCGGAGAGAGAGAGGAAGUCGAGUGGUGACUCGGCCACGUGGCUGAGUUUUGAGAGUUUCGAGAGUAAUAGUAGUAUUUCUUCUUCGACAUGUCGUAGGAGUAAGGUGGUGGGGGAGGAGAUGAGUACGAUGAACAAUAUUCAGCAGCGGCGGCCGGUGAGGGUGGUGGGGUCGUGCGUGACGGUGGACUGCGUGACGGACACGUGGGUGGGCGGAGAUGGACUAGGGCGUACGGACGUGGAGAGGAGGAUGAAUCUGGAGAGGGACACGUGUCCGGGGUUUGUGUCGGACGGUGCGGGGAGGGUGGUAUGGACGAAUGGGGCCUACAGGAGUAUGGUGGGGGAGCAGGGGGAAAGGGAGACGAUGGUGUGGCUGGUGACGAAGGAGAGGGCGGCGAAGGCGGUGGGUGUGAUGAGUAAUUACGACACGGCGGCAUUCUCGUGCAGGGUGAGGGUGCAGUACAGCGGGUGCGGUGGGUCGUCGGCAGGGGAUUGGAGCUCUUUGACGCUGCCGUGUGACGUGUGGAGGAUGGAGAGUGGUGGGUUCGCGUGGAGGCUGGACGUGAAGGCUGCUCUUUGCUUGGGUCGGUAA